GUUGGGACGGUACAGCCCCUUACAGACAGACCGCUACAGACUAAUGUUACUGCUGCUGCUGUAAAGUUAACAGAACUCGGGUGUCGUUUAGUUGUUCCGUCUGUUCGUAAGGCUCUCUCUCACACACACACACAAAUAUCAGGUUUGAAUACGUUUUUUUUGACGGAAGUGUCCACGGAGGAGUCGCUGCACUUUAACGAGUUUUUUUCCUGCACCUUUUUUCAAGCCACAUCCAUAGAGGGUCAGCAUGGCCCAGUGGAACCAGUUGCAGCAGUUGGAGACACGCUACCUGGAGCAGCUGUACCAUCUGUACAGUGACAGCUUCCCUAUGGAGCUCCGCCAGUUUCUUGCUCCCUGGAUCGAGAGUCAGGACUGGGCGUAUGCAGCCAAUAAGGAGUCUCACGCCACGCUGGUGUUUCAUAACCUGCUGGGAGAGAUCGACCAGCAGUACAGCCGCUUCCUGCAGGAGAACAACGUCCUUUACCAGCACAACCUGCGGCGCAUCAAACAGCACCUGCAGAGCAAGUACCUGGAGAAGCCCAUGGAGAUCGCUCGCAUCGUCGCACGCUGUCUGUGGGAGGAGCAGAGACUGCUGCAGACCGCCACCACUGCUCAGCAAGAUGGCCAGGCCGCUCAGCACAGCGGGACAGUGGUGACGGAGAAACAGCAGCUCCUGGAGCACAGACUGCAGGACAUCAGGAAGAAAGUGCAGGAUAUGGAGCAAAAAAUGAAGAUGCUGGAGAACCUACAGGAUGACUUUGAUUUCAACUACAAGACUCUGAAGAGUGCAGGAGAGCUGUCCCAGGACCUGAAUGGAAACAGCCAGGCUGCAGCCACCAGACAGAAGAUGGCCCAGCUGGAGCAGAUGCUGAGCGCCUUGGAUCAGCUCAGGAGGCAAAUCGUGACUGACAUGGCAGGGCUGCUGCAGGCUAUGGACUUUGUGCAGAAGAAUCUGACUGAUGAGGAGCUAGCUGAUUGGAAGAGGAGACAGCAGAUUGCCUGCAUCGGAGGACCUCCCAACAUUUGCCUGGACCGGCUAGAGACAUGGAUCACAUCAUUGGCUGAGUCUCAGCUACAGAUCAGGCAGCAGAUAAAGAAACUGGAGGAGCUCCAGCAGAAAGUGUCAUAUAAAGGAGACCCCAUAGUUCAGCACCGCCCUGCCCUGGAGGAGAAGAUUGUAGACCUCUUCCGCAAUCUCAUGAAGAGUGCGUUUGUGGUCGAGAGACAGCCGUGUAUGCCGAUGCACCCCGACAGACCUCUGGUCAUAAAGACAGGAGUUCAGUUCACCAACAAAGUUCGGUUACUGGUGAAAUUCCCGGAACUGAAUUAUCAGCUGAAAAUCAAAGUUUGCAUCGACAAGGAAUCUGGAGAUGUUGCAGCCAUUCGAGGGUCACGCAAGUUCAACAUCCUGGGCACUAACACCAAGGUGAUGAACAUGGAGGAGUCCAACAAUGGCAGCCUGUCAGCUGAGUUCAAACACCUGACUCUGCGAGAACAGAGGUGUGGCAAUGGUGGCCGGACCAACAGUGAUGCCUCUCUGAUCGUCACUGAGGAGCUUCAUCUCAUCACCUUUGAGACUGAGGUGUACCACCAGGGCCUCAAAAUCGACCUUGAGACACACUCUCUUCCUGUUGUAGUCAUUUCUAAUAUCUGCCAGAUGCCCAAUGCCUGGGCUUCCAUUCUGUGGUACAACAUGCUGACUAACCAUCCCAAGAAUGUAAAUUUCUUCACAAAACCUCCUGUGGGUACAUGGGAUCAGGUGGCUGAAGUUCUGAGCUGGCAGUUUUCCUCCACAACCAAGAGAGGCCUGACUAUUGAGCAGCUCACCACACUGGCUGAGAAACUGCUUGGUCCUUGUGUGAACUACUCCGGUUGUCAGAUCACUUGGGCCAAGUUUUGCAAAGAGAACAUGGCAGGAAAAGGGUUCUCAUUCUGGGUUUGGUUGGAUAACAUCAUUGACCUGGUGAAGAAGUACAUUCUGGCUCUGUGGAAUGAGGGGUAUAUCAUGGGUUUCAUCAGUAAGGAGCGAGAGAGGGCCAUCUUGAGCCCAAAGCCUCCUGGGACAUUUCUGCUGCGUUUCAGCGAGAGCAGUAAGGAGGGUGGCAUCACAUUCACCUGGGUGGAAAAAGACAUCAGUGGUAAGACACAGAUCCAGUCAGUGGAACCAUACACUAAGCAGCAGCUCAACAGCAUGUCCUUUGCCGAAAUCAUCAUGGGCUAUAAGAUCAUGGACGCCACAAACAUCCUGGUGUCUCCGCUCGUCUACCUUUUCCCCGACAUCCCUAAAGAGGAGGCCUUUGGGAAGUACUGCAGGCCAGAAGCCCAGCCUGAUGCAGAUAUCCAGGAUUUAUCCGGAUGUGUCACUCAGCCAUACCUGAAGACCAAGUUCAUCUGCGUCACCCCGUGUCCUUCCAUCUUCAUGGACCUUCCGGACAGUGAACUACUGGCUAACGGCUUCCCUGGGACUAACUCGGGUAACACAAGCGACCUGUUCCCCAUGUCUCCUCGCACUCUCGAUUCUCUGAUGCACAAUGAAGCUGAGGCCAACCCGGGACCUCUCGAAUCCCUCACUCUGGACAUGGACAUGAACACGGACGUGGCCUCGCCCAUGUGAGACAGGCUCACGCAUACGAGCCGAGCCGCAUUUAGCCUUUCACUUCUAGCUGUUUCUGCUGUGUGGAGAGAGAGAGAGAGAGACAUCCUGUGUUCUCUUUACAUAUCGCUCUCAAAUAGGUGCUACUCUUUGCACUGUUAACUCUUUUCACUAGACCUUGUACUCAUCGUGUGUUCCUCUGAACUCUCCUAACACUUUUAAACGUUUCUUAACUUGGAUUGCUGGAUUGUUUAAGCGAAUCCUUAUUAACAAACCAUAUUGAUUGUUUUUUUUUGUUGUUGUUGUUGUUGUUGUUGUUUUUUUAUGGAUGGAGUGGUUACCAUCCAAAGAGAAAUAAAGAAAGUAAGAUGGCUCAAGAGUUAGUAACAGCUUUGUACUGAUUGUAUGUGCCAUUUUGUUGAUAUUGCAGAAUAAGAAAAUCUGUAGUUUUGUUUUUUUUGUUUUGUUUUAGGAUCGUAACCUAUGGAUUCCCGUUUUAUAUAAUACUUGUUUUUAUGUACUCUUUUAGAAUUAUCUAAGAAAGUGUAUUAUGUUCACAUUGGCUUUGUGCAAUGAUUUUUUUUUUGUUUGUUUGUUUCAUGUAAGCUAACGCUUUAUGUGUCAUGGGAAAAGAGGCCCCUUGAGCUAAUUGUAUUAUAUUCUCUAUACGUUUCCCCUCCUGUUUGUCCGUUCUCUAUAUGUAUGGUAUUCACCUUGUCUCACAAGCUUUCAUGCCUGGUGUGUGUGUGUGUGUGUGUGUGUGUGUGUGUGUGUGUGUGUGUGUGCGCGCGCAUAUAUGAGACACAAAUGGACGUGGGUCCUAGCAGUGUCCAGCAUACAGUGGGUAAGUUCAGACUCAGCCUUAAGUCUGAUUUGUUUAGAUCCUUGUUACUCAGGGUGUUACUCACGAACCCAUAUUUGUUUGGCGGUCAGUACUUACAGUACAAUACGAUAGUUAUGUGUUAACAGAAGCAUUUUGUUCCCUCCAUAUGGACUUAUUUAACCAGCAGACCAGGAAGAUUGGGAGGCGGGAGAACUCGAUCACGCCAUUUCAAUAGCCGUUAAAUGUCAUUCCUUUUGAGUUAACCCCAUCUUGUUUUUUUGCAUGAUGAAAAGAAAGUGUUAUUACAUGCUAUUAGCAUUUACACCAGUAAAGGAAAGAUACACCAUGGAAAGAAAGCAUGCUGACCAUGACACAAGAUGAAGAUAUUCUCCAUCUUUACCUUUGCAGUAAUUAUUUUCAGUGAAAUAUUUUGCGCUUCUCAUUGAUGUCCUUGUUUGAACAUGCAUCUAUACCAGUGUCUGGAUGAGGACUGUAUAAUCAUGUCUUUGUUAUUGCCUUCGUUAUUGUUCUUAUCUCCUAUUUUUUUUUUUUUUUUUUUUUUUUUUUUUUUUUUAAUUUAAAUAUGCUUAACUGUUGGCCUUCCUCACUAAUUUUAUCUGACACUGCCCAGUGCAUGCACCACCCAGUGCAUGGUAGUUCUUGUGUUGUAAAUUUCUGCCUGUGAGCUCUCUGUACAGUGGCUGCAUCACUUUUAAUUAAAAAAGAAUCAACAACCUA